AUGUUGGGCGUGUCUUUAUUCCAGUCCGCCUUCGUGGCAUGGAGCUUGCUCAGUUCAUCUGCUGUGGCCGUGCCUCAUGGUGGCUACGUUCGAGAGGAUCUACUUGUCCCCAAUCACAACUUGACCGGUCCUAUUUCUCCCAUUGACUUACACCCGGAUCUCUUGAGACGUCAGGCUGUGGGCUCGGUGCCUCUGCGUAUUUUGCCUCUCGGGGCUUCUAUCGUCUAUGGUUAUGCAUCCUCGGAUAAUAAUGGUUUCCGUAAGAAGCUUCGAGACCAACUGAGGUACAGAGGCUGGGAAGUCAACAUGGUUGGAAGCAAGAGGAAUGGAGACAUGGUUGAUAAUAAUGUUGAAGCCACUCCAGGUGAUAUUGUCGACCAGGUCCACGAGCGUUCCAAGCUCUCCUAUGGUUUCAAACCCAAUGUGGUCCUGAUCAAUGCAGGCACCAAUGACUGUACGCGCAGCAUUGAUAUCCAAAGUAUUGGUGAACGCAUGUCCUCACUCAUCAACGAUAUUUGGGCUGCCGAUGGAAUGGAAAACACUCUCAUCCUGCUUUCUCAAGUCCUAAAAAAUGCAGACGGAACCUGCACACAGAACAGGGUCACCAUCAACGCACAGUACAACAGUCUCGCCCAGACGUUGCGAUCGCAAGGCAGGCCAAUUUCCAUCAUAAGUAUGGACUACAUAGACUUGGACGAUCUCCAGGACGGCACCCACCCCACCGACUACGGCUACGUCAAGAUGGCCAACGUCUGGUGGACCGCCAUUGAGGAGGCCGCCAUUGACGGCCUGAUCUCGGCGGCCGGCGACAUGGACACGGUGAGCUCCAACACGUGCGACAAGGAGUACGGCUCCGGUACCUACGCGGGCGGCCUGACCCAGCGCGGCUCGGGCGUCGGCGACGGCAUCUACUACCACGAGUCCGAGGGCAAGGACGUGGUGCUCACCAUUAGCAGCGCCUUUGACCGCGGGCAGUGGUUCUUUGCCCGCCUGUACGGGCGCGGCCGCGACGACCUGGUGGGCUGGUUCAAUGCCACCGACGGCUCGCAGCACUAUGGCGUCUGGAAGAACAAUGGCGACUACAAUACCGCCAAGUUUGACAAGAUUGCCGACAUGACGGCAUCCUCGUAUUGUAUUCCACAGGGCGUCCAUUUCAUUGAUCUGAAUGCCGAUGGCUAUGAUGACUUUGUCUGCAUUAAUGCCGAGGGAAACAUGUACGCCGGUAUCAACCAAAAAGACGGAACGGCCACGACUCCCCCUACUUUCAAGGACAUUGGUUUGAUCAAAGCCACCGAGGGCUGGGCUCAAGAUCGAGUCAGACUGGCUGACAUUGAUGGUGACGGUCGAGCCGACUAUUGCAUCAUCGAUGAUAGCGGUAAUGUGUGGUGCUGGAGAAAUGGCUGGGUCGACGACGUCCCAGCCUACUGGCAGGCUUUGGGUCUCCGCUUUACCGCCAAGGGCAUGGGUGAUAUUCGAGGUGUCCGCUUCGAGGAUAUCAACGGUGAUGGACGCGACGACUGGCUUUGGGUCAGCGAUGUAGGUCAAACGACUACCUGGACCAACGCGCGGAGUUGCGCGGCCGGCGUCCUGGGCGACGGUCUCAACGUGGCGUGGCGCCAGGGCUUCCUCAAGGGCCAGACCUCGGGUCCGACGCAUAUGGGCAUGGCCGACUUUGUCACCGACACGGAGACGUACCUCCGCGACCGCAUCCAUUUUGCACGCAUCUUUGGUGAACCCCAGGCCUUUGGUCUCCUGGGCAAGCAAGAUUACGUCUUCAUGGAGCACGUUGCUGAAACCAGUGGCUCGCACACAUUCAAGAUGCGGGUUUGGAAGAAUAUUGGAUACGGCAGCACGAAACUUGAAGCGGACGGUAACAAGUAUUGUAAUAUGAAGGGUUACUCUGAUGGUAGAAUGGAUUAUGUUUGGACCCUUUCUACCGGCAACAUGAGGCUGUAUCCCAACAAUGGUCUGAAACAGAUCAUCGGCGAUGAAUCAUUCUGGGGGCCCGUCGAGAACGACAUCUGGGAUCCAGUAACCCUCAUUGGCAAGAACUUGGACCGCCGAGAUCUCCACUUGGUCGAUUGGGAUGGUGAUGGCGCUUGUGAUAUCGUCUGGGUUGAUCCGGAUAACAACAACCACGUAUCGCUGUGGAUCAACAAAUACCCGACAACCUCGACCUGGACGUGGGAUUAUCACGCCGACCCUGCUCCAGCUCUCACGUGUGCUCAAUCUCGUGGCCUGGGUAUUCACGAUCUUCCGGUCCGCUUUGGAGACAUCUCCGGCAACGGCCGAGGCGACUAUCUGUGUAUCGAAAAGGAUGGUCGAGUUUCCGGCUUUGUGCACAACAGUGACGACAGCUGGGAGAACGUAGGACAGAUCAAGUUUGCCGACGGCAUGGACCGCGCCAACCUGCGGUGGUCAGACGUUAACGGUGACGGUGCCGACGACAUGGUUUGGAUCGACAAGUUCACCGGCGACGGCACCGUCUUCUAUAACCGGGGACGCGGAGACCCUGCGGAGCUCUCUGGAUCAUCGUUCCACUGGGAGAAGAUCACGGACCCCGUUUACCAGGGCGGCUACGCGGGCACUUGUCAGUAUUUGCCAGAUCUCGAUGGUGAUGGACGUGCGGAUUUACACUCCAUCAUUGGUACUUGGACUAACCAGGCAUACACGUGGUUCAAUCGCUGCGGCUUGACUGACGUGACGGGUGAUGACGGUCCCAUCACAGAUCCAGGCCUGCCAAACCCUGACCCUCCCACGACGGGCGGCGACCCGGUGCCGGACCCCGAUGCCGACGAUAUCUGUAUCAAGGGCGAUGAGAUUGGCGAUAUCCGCGGAGUAGACAUGUCUAUUCUCUGCCAGUUCACUUGUACCUUCAACUUGUGCCCCGAACAGGUUUGUGUUUGCACCGAGUACGGCAAACAAGCUAUUGAGGAACUGCCCGACGAGAUUCCCAAUACAUCUGGAUAUGCUACAGGGCUGCUCAUCACCAAUGAUAUUGUCAGCGAUAUGUGCGCCUUCUCUUGCCAGCAUGGCUACUGUCCUGACAAUAUUUGUAAAGAGUAUGUAGUGUCGGGAGGCAUAUUCAUUGUUGAUCCCCCUACUUGCAGUGCCCCUGUCGGAGAUUCCGAGUGGGAAUGCACCACGUGUGAAACAGAUCAUGACAAGCUCAACCCUCAGUACUACCCGGAUGAGCAAUGGAAGAGCAGUGGAGCUGCAGAUUCCCUCAAGGACUUUGUGACGUGGUACACUGCUAAUAGAGAAAGUCUGGGAGCCUCCAGAGACGUUCUGACCAUGGCACUGGCCAGCUUCUUCGACUACAGCGCGAAUGUCAACUGCGCCGAUGACACCAACAGUGCAUGCACGGGCUCGGUUGCGUGCCAGUCCUCGGACACUAUUUCUCUGGCCGGUGUCGUCAUUCUUGAUGGUGUCUUUAACCUGAGGUCCUUCCUGGUAGCAUGGCGCGAUGCGCUCUUGGCAGAGUCAGUCACCAGCAUCGGCAGGAUAUCCGACUUCGCCGAGCUCUUCACGCCGCCCGUUGAGCAGUCGUUCGCCGAUCAAUUUGGUCAGUGGCUUGUCGACACGGUCAUGGGCUACACGCUGGGCAACGUGUUUGACGGCCUCGCUGGCAAAUUGAAGCUGAGCGAGGGCCUCACGACCGAGGCCAAGACAUACUGGGGCAUGGGCCAAGACAAGCUCAUGGAGGUUAUCGACGAUGACCUGUCCGACGUGGCAGAGACGCCCGAGAACUCGGAAAUCGAGGCCACCAUGCUCGCCUUUUUCAGCGGUCAGCGCCAAGGCAUCGCCGACUACAUGGACUUUAUCUUCAACGGUCCAGACUAUCCCGCGGACAGCACGCCCAACCUGGACGAGCUCGUGUACCAACUCAACGUCGGGGUGUGGCACGCCGGCGCCGUCGAUACCUUGGGCGCUAUUGGCAACCGCAGUGCUGUCUUUAUGUGGGAGUACCUGAUUAAUUAUUACUGGGCCAACAGCGCCUACCACUCGCCCGUGCUCAUCAUGUCCGAGGAUGCCGACGACACGUCAAAUCCGUUCCGUCAGAUACCCGGAGCCCAGGGUACGAAGCUGAAUCCGGGCCAAGAGGAGUCCCUCAGUGCCGAAGAGGCCGAGUCGGUUCGCUUCAACUAUGACGGCAAGACGUUUUGGCUCGUUGGCGGCGUAAAGUGCCAGAGCUGGGGGGCUUAUCAGGGCCAACGUUUCUGUACCUCACCGGGCAACAACAUACAAGUGUACGACUUUAUGAUGCUCAAGGGCAUCGAGUCGCUCACGGGCGAGAACCCCGACGACGGUGGUUGGGAAGCCAUCAGUACCGAGGACCUGGUCAAGUCGGCUUGGGAUGGAUAUAAGCUUAAUGGAAACAAGAACGGAUAUGCAACUUAUCCCAACGGCGACAGCGACGACACGGGCACGGUUUUCCAGUACGAGCAAGGAAUUGCAACGCCGGGCUUAUUCAAGAUCCCCAUCUGUCAUUAUGAUCAGGCGAACAUUAAUAAUCGGGCCUACAACCUGAAUGGCAGGGCUAGUUCCACGUUACCGUGCGCGGAUUAUCCUUGCUGCACGUGCGAAGAGCUGGGUGUUAAUUGUGACGGCUUGGAGGAUUGGUAA